AUGCCUUGUUAUGAGCUGGCUUUGAUCCUGAAAGCCAUGCAAGGGCAAGAGACUGCCACUGCCCUGAAGCACAUGCUACAAGCCCUAAUGGAUAAAGGCGCAAUAGUGAGAAAUUUGGAAAAGUUGGGUGAAAGGGCACUUCCAUAUAAGAUCUCCAUACAUAAUCAAUGCCAUCAGAGAGGAGGGUAUUUCUUGGUGGAUUUUUAUGCACCAACAACAGCUGUUGAGAAUAUAAUGAAUCAUUUGUCCCGAGACAUUGAUGUGAUCAGACCGAAUAUUGUGAAACACGCACUAACCCUUGCAGAGAAAGAGUGUGAAGGCAUCGUUCCUGUUCCUCUCGAAGAUAAAUUAUAUUCCAAGAAGAAGAAAUAA